UUUGCUCAGGUGCACAGCUCCAGGUGCAGGCUGGAGGCCAGAAGCCCGCGCCUUUCUCCGAGUGACGCUGCUGGCGGCUGUCGCUAUCCUGACUUUGAAAAGAAGCACAACAUCAUGGCAACAGGAAACAGUGAUGAUCCAUGCAGGUCAUCUUCAUCACACAAAAGGAAAGUCAUUGAGGUUGAUACAGAGCAUGGCAAGGUGAAUGAAGCAGAGAAUCUCUUUCAGAAUACUGUGUAUUACCAAAAUCAGAGUGAGAUGGAAGAGAAUAUAGAAAAUGGAAUGAUUGUGCCUGAUUUGCCAGUAACCACAAACCAGACAAGUCCCAGCUCCAUUAUGGAAAUAGGACGUCAGCUGGCAAUCAUUGGAGAUGAACUUAAUCAUCAAAAGAACAGGGAAUUUCAAGGUGUGCAGGCAUACCUUUCUCUCCCAUCUGAACUUGGAUAUCAGUCCUUUCGUAGAAGUGCUGGAAGAUUAUAUGACAGUGGAAUCAAUUGGAGCCAAACAAUUGCUCUGCUGAGCCUUGGCUACAAAAUGGUGACUUAUGUCUAUCAGAGAGCAGUUACGGGGUGUUCCGGCAAAGCUACAAAAUCUGUUGCAAAGUUUAUUGCAAAGAACCAAAUUGCCCAAUGGAUUGUUGAACAGGGAGCCUGGACCACUGCCUUGUCCAUCGAGAAUGCCAACCUGAAGUGGCUGUUUGGAAUUCUACUGGCUGUCAUGCUGAGCGUGGCAAUUACUCAAAGAUUUAUAAACCAUGAAUAGUUCCAUGUGCCGUGCUGGAUCGUCCAAGCUGGUCUUAGACCAAGCAGCAUAUCUGCUGAUUCCUUCACCCUGGUGGUGGAGAUUUUUUAUUAUCAACUUUGAAUAUUAGAGAUAAUGUUUUUCAAAUAUUUUUGCUUUGGAUAUUUAAAUUUUUUUGGGAAAAGUGCUGGGCCACACUUACAUUUUCUAAACUUUAAUAAUAUAACAAUGAAAUUGAAUAUAUGACUGUUGCUGAUAACUAUCUGCAUUGAUUGUCUAAGGGGAUAUUUGUUGUAGUUUUUCCUGUACUAUACAAAAUUACUGUGAUGAUCCUGGCAACACUGUUGCCUUGAACUAUAAUAUGAAAAAGAACUAUUACAUAAAUAUGAAGAAGAUAAUCAUCAUUUCUAGUCAGAACAUUUACUUUGUGAAAGUAUAUUUUUUUGGUAUUGAUGUAAAAUGAUUUGCCCAUGAUUUUGAUGUAGGUAUUAAUCUGUUUGGAUUGAUACCUCCAUCCAAUAGAAUAUACCACAGAAGUAAAAGCAAAAGAAAAGUAAGACACCUCAAAGCUCAAUCUGAAAUAAAAACAAAGUGUUGAAGGAAUUGAGCAGAUCUGGCAGCAUCUGUGAAGAGACACACACAAUAGAGUGUUUGGACUCAAAAUAUUAACUUUGUUUCUUUCUGUAUGAAUAUUGCUCAACUAACUGAGUUUCUCCAGCACUUUCUGUUCUGUGCCAUUCAAGCAAACUAAAUACAAUUUUUAAAUGCUUUAACCGAUGAGAACAAUCCCUGUGUGGCUUGAGAUGUGGGUAGAAGCCAAUCUCCCUUUUUUUUUAAAUUGUUGAGCAUUUAUUGCUCAUUCAUUCAGAAGGUGGUGAUGACUAGACGUCUUGAGCUGCUCCAGUUCUUGUGGGAUAGGUGUACGCACAACACUGUUAGGAAAGGAGUUGUGAGUCAUGGUCCAAUAAUCAUCAUUUUAACUUCCGAGUUUGGGAACUGGUUGCAGGCAGCUCAAGAACUGAUAAAUGUGCAAAAUUUGAGGUUCAAGAUACACUAGAAUGUGAUUUUUAACUCCAGGCUGCACUUAGAGCUAAACCUUGCAGUAAAAUCUGGUUGCUAGGCAGCAGCAGGAUGAAAAGUUACGUUAUAAGAAGAAAGAGUAAUAUUUUCCUUGUGGAUCAGGAACCAAGACCUCAAGGAAACAUUGGCCCAUCUGUGCCAGGCUUUCUCCACAUCACCGCUUAUUGUUGGGAGCUGCUUCCUAUGUCCCUAGUGGCUGUCUCCUACUGCUUUAAAUCUCACUUCCCGCUGAUUAUCUACCUAAUAGUUCCUAUCAGGUUUGACCUGGAGACCAGUUUUGGAUAGAUAACUGAAGUUCAGGAGUUAGCAUCUCUCCAUAUUCCCCUCAAGCUGCAAAAUGUGCUUACUGCUUGGCUUACACACGUAGACCUUGAGUUAAAAUCAGGACAAUUUAUGCUUUGCAUACUAACAUCACAUAAUCUGGUUUCACCAGAGAAAAGCAUCAAAAAUACUUAGAGGCAUGAGGUCAGCUUGGUUAACACAUUCUAUCACUGCAAAUUUGAAUUGUUUAACAGUAUGCAUGGCUAAAAUAGUGGAAAUUUGAGAGAAUACAAAUGUACCUAUCAAAAUCUGCUAUGGGUCAAAACAAAGAAAACCAACAGAGGAAUCCAUAUACAACAAAAGGGCGCACAGCGGUUAGCACGGCUGCCUCCCUGCGCCAGGGACCUGGGUUUGAUUCCAGCCUCUGGCAACUGUCUGUGUGGAGUUUGCACAUUCUCCCUGUGUCUGUGUGGUUUCCUCAGGGUGCUCUGGUUUCCUCCCACAGUCCAAAGAUGUGCAGGUUAGGUGGAUUGGCCAUGCCAAAUUGCCUGUAGUGUUCAGGGAAGUGUAGAUUAGGUGGAUUAUAGGGGGAUGGGUCUGGGUGGGAUUGCUCUGUGGUUUGGUGUGGACUUGUUGGGCCAAAGGGCCUUUUUCCACACUGUAGGGAUUCUAUGAAAACUAAGCAGCAUUAUUGUCAAGAUAACUUGGAAUAGGGUUUGCUCAGGUGUGGUAGGAUUAUAGUAUUUUAGCUGGUGUUCUAAGUGAUCACUCAACUUAGUAAGAAAAGUAAUUCUGUUGUGAUGUUAUGUGUUGUUUUGUUGUACUAAAUUGCUCUCGCAAUGAACACCAUCUCCUCCCCCUGCUGAAAACUAUUUAUUUUGCUCAGCAUUUCAUAAACCUGAGUGAAUGAGCAAUGAAGUGAGAGAACAAGUCAGGAUAUGAGCUACAUGCCAGGCUUCCCUUCCUCUUAGAAUAUCCAGGCUCUUAAAAUGCAUAUUGGCUUAUCUCAUCUGCCCUUUCUACUCUUUUAAACCUCAGUGAAAUCCUGACAACAUGUCUAUGUUUUAUUUUUAAGUUUAUUUUAGAAGAUUCCCAAUUGAAGUUGCGAUCAUUAAUCUUGGUUCAGAUGAUUGAUGCAUUUGUGUAAUGUCAUGUUAAAUAUUCUAAGUUCCCUUGAUGAAAUGAAAUGCAAGUUUCCCUAGUCCCAGAGAACCAUAGGCUAUUCUCUCCUUGGAGAGAGACAACUGGUGAGUUGAAUUUGAGAACCACCAUGCUUCAGCAGAGGGGUGAGGUUGAGAAAGCAGAAUCUUUUUAUGGCGACCUCAUGUGGGACAAGAAUUGAACCUACACUGUUAGUGUCACUCUGCAUCACAAUCAUUCAUUCAGCCAGUUGAUCCAACUCACCACCUAUAUUUUCUCAUACGUAGUAUUGCAAGUGUGGUAGUUUGUAAGCGGUGUUGUUUAUCUAUCCACAUACCCACUUACUUCUUAACAGAGAUUUAUAUGCACGCGUACCCUGUCCACAGAACUUACCUGUUUACUCUCUGUCAUGUUUUUGGGCUAGCCGUUUGGUUCUAACAACAUAUUUUCACAUUUCUAAUGAGAGCCUGCUACAUGUAGUUACACAAUCUGGCCACCAGAUGGCAUUGUAUGAGCGUUUCCCCAGCAACAUUUUGGAUUAUUUUCCUCGGUAAUUGAAAUUUCUAAUGUUCUAAAAAGUUUCUAACAAAUGGUAAAUGCUUGUCUCAAUUGUCUGUUGUCUAUGAAUGUAAUGACAUAGUUCCCAAACACACACCGGCUGCUCACAUCACCAAUGUACCAUCUAGCUGAUAUCGCUUUUCAAUUUGACUUUGUUUUAACAUUAAAGUUUGUGAUCUUGAAGAAUGCGCCAUUUGUCAUCCAUCUUGUAAUGAAAAUUGCACUAUGAUCGGAGUAAUGUAAUUUGUUUUAUUGGUUUUGUCUAUUA